AUGGCCAGCACGGAAACACAGAGCUGCGACCACCUGGUCCAGUCUUCUGACCCACAACAUCCUGCAAAUCUGAUUCCAGAAAUGUGCAAAGGUUUUUACAGAUUGGGAUGGGUCACUGGGACCGGAGGUGGUACUUCUAUUCGUGAAGGCGAUCAUAUUUACAUAGCCCCUUCUGGAGUGCAGAAAGAAAAGAUUAAGUCCGAAGACAUCUUCGUCCUUUCAUAUCCAACGCCGAAAUACCCACCCUCUGCACGACAGUAUAUCAGGAAGCCACUGGAUUUGAACCCCUCAGCGUGCACUCCACUGUUCCUGGCCGCCUUCGAAAGAGGGGCGACCUGCUCAAUUCACACACAUUCACAAUGGGCAGUCCUAGUUACGCUGCUAGUUGAGAGAGAGAAAGGCAAAACUGGCUGUUUUGAAAUCAACAACAUCGAGCAGAUCAAGGGUAUUCCAAAAGGGAAAGGGAAAGGCAUGCUCGGAUAUCAUGACACUCUUAGAAUACCCAUUAUUGAGAAUACAGCUUUCGAAGAGGAUCUAACUGAGAGCUUGGAGAAAGCUAUGGAUGAAUACCCGGAUACAUAUGCGGUGCUUGUCCGUCGACAUGGAAUAUACGUAUGGGGCGAUACUGUCGCAAAGGCAAAGACCCAGUGCGAGAGUUUGGAUUAUCUCUUCCAGCUGGCCGUGGAAAUGCAUAAGCUUGCUAUUGACUGCCCUAUCAAAAUCAAACGUUAG